GCUCUGGGCCUCUUUCUUAUCAUCUCAAAACGCACCAUGCUCCGGCUGCUGAGUUCCCUCCUCUUGGUGGCCCUCGCCUCGGGCUGUGGCCGACCUUCUUACCACCCUUCCACCCGGGUGGUCAAUGGCGAGGACGCGGUCCCCUACAGCUGGCCCUGGCAGAUCUCCCUGCAGUAUGAGAAGAACGGAGCCUUUCACCACACCUGUGGUGGCACCCUCAUUGCCCCCGAGUGGGUCAUGACUGCGGGCCACUGCAUCUCGAGCUCCAUGACCUACCAGGUGGUGUUGGGAGAGUAUGACCGGGCUGAGGAUGAGGGCCCCGAGCAGGUGAUCCCCAUCAACUCUGAGGAUCUCUUCGUGCACCCACUCUGGAACCCCAACUGCGUGGCCUGUGGCAAUGACAUCGCCCUCAUCAAGCUGUCACGCCCCGCCAAGCUGGGAGACUCAGUCCAGCUCGCCUGCCUCCCUCCUGCCGGUGAAUGCUCUCUACCCCCCCUCCCCCCCAUGACCCCUCACUCAGCGCUCUCUACCCCCACAGCUGGCGGGCCACUCCCUGACAAGCUGCAGCAAGCCCUGCUGCCCGUGGUGGACCACAAGCGCUGCUCCAAGUGGGACUGGUGGGGCAGUGCCCUGAAGGAGACCAUGGUGUGCGCCGGCGGGGACAUCCGCUCCGGAUGCAACGGUGACUCUGGAGGACCCCUCAACUGCCCCGCCGCCGAUGGCUCCUGGCAGGUCCACGGUGUGACCAGCUUCGUUUCUGCCUUCGGCUGCAACACCCGCAAGAAGCCCACCGUGUUCACCCGUGUCUCAGCCUUUAACGACUGGAUCCAGGAGACCAUGGCCAGCAACUAGAACCAAGGCCUGGGUGGAAGGACGGAUCCACACUCUUCGCAAAAAAAAUAUUAAAGAUCUCUCAGAAAAUUCCA